AUUAGUUCAAUAACUAUCUGCUAGUGCUUGUAAAAAAUUUCUCCGUUAGCUCUUCUUCUCUUUAGCUUUCGACAUAAUUAGUGUCAGCUUCACAUUUCACAGCUUGAGUUUAGGAUCCUACUCCAUUCGAACACGCGUGCACCGACUCAACUCAAAGCGCUUCGCCGACUCGGCCCGAGCUGAACACAACUUAGUUUCAAGUUUUAACACCAUGGAAGGAGAUAGCAAAGGAGACACCAACAUGGGUUCCCCAUCAAAUUCACAGCAGACAAUUUCUGAUGAUGAUGAAAUAGAUUAUUCUGUAAAGCCAGAAUUUUAUGAUCCAGAACUUGAUGAUAAAGAUGAAUUAUGGGUUCAAAAGAAAAGGAAAGGAAGUAAUUCUGAUGCUGUUCUUAGUUGUCCUGCUUGUUUUACCACUCUUUGCCUUGAUUGUCAAAGGCAUGAAAGAUUUGUGACCCAGUACAGAGCAAUCUUUGUCGUGAACUGUAAAGUUGACAGUAACAAAGUACAGCAUAGCCGUCAAAAACCAAAGCGAAACAAAAGGAGUAGAGAAGCUGGUGAGAAUGAGGCCGAUCUUGCUGAUGGUGAAACAUUCAAGGCAGUAUGCUGUUCGGUUUGCUCAACAGAAGUUGGUGUCAUUGAUGAAGAUGAUGUUUAUCAUUUCUUCAAUGCUCUUCCUAGUGAAUCUUGAUUCUUGACACACUGGGUCUAUCGUGUACUCUCUCACACACAUGAAUUUUGCAGUUCAGUUUUAUCUUGACGGUUGUGAGUCUGUUAACUCUACUGACAGGGAUUUUGUAACUUUUGACAUGAAAGCUUUCUGACUUGGACAUAUGCCUUUUCAUGUACAA